GCUUGUUGCUAGUACAUAAUGUACAGCUCUAGUAAUAAAGCUGAAAUUAUCAGCCGGGAAGGGUUCAGAGUCAACAGCUGGCACUGCAGUCCCAGUCAGGAGAAUGCAGACCGUAAAGUGUACGUUGGUGGGUGAUGGGGAUGUGGGUAAAACCUUUCUCCUCGUCGCUUACACGACCAGUGUUUUUAAGGAGAAAUACCUCUCUGCACUGUUUGACAAGUACACUGGUAACAUAAGUGUUGAUGGGCAAGCGGUGACCCUCACUCUAUGGGACACAGCAGGCCGCGAAGGAUAUGAAAUGCUGCGUUCCCUCGCCUAUGCUCAUGCAGAUGUUUUCAUACUCUGCUUCUCUAUUGGCUGCCCUUCCUCUUACGAUAACAUCAGGCUCAAGUGGAAACCCGAAGUGUCUCAGCAACGCCCCAAAGUGCCAAUCCUGCUGCUGGGCACCAAGUCGGACCUGAGAGCUGAUGAAGAAACGGUGAAGAAGUUAAAGGAGCAGGGUUUGGCGCCCACCACCCAUCAGCAGGGGGACGUCCUGGCCAACCAGAUCGGGGCCGUUAAGUACUUGGAGUGUUCUGCUCUGCAGCAGGAAAACAUUAGGGAGGUGUUUGAGGAAGCUGCGAGGGUGGUGUUGUUUCCAGCCCCUAAAAAGAAUUGUGAAAAGUGUGUGCUGCUGUGAUAAAUAGUUCCCAGAUUUGGACAAUGGAGAGGAAUAAUGAAGAUCAACAGACGAGAAUGCAUGCAGAGGAACAAAGGAGGUUAUCUGACGUCUUCCUCACUUGGCUUUCUCCUGUGUUACUCCUUUCUUUCUUAUUCAUCUCUUGUGGUGUAGCAAAGGACAAAAGAGCUCAACAGAGCACAUGUCAUGUAUUAAUUUGCUCUUGGCUUUGUUUUUAAAUUGUUUUACAUUUUCAGUCCUCAGAGUAUGCGUUUUGCAUUAAUGUAUUACUUUAUAAAUAAAUUACAAUAAUAUAUAUGUGAAUUAGAAAGAAACAAAGAGACCAUACUUUUCGACUUGUUCGGAUUUUGUGAAAUUACCCCAACACCUCAGUCUUUUAUUGAGUUUUUUGUGAACACAGGGUAAAGUGGACAGAUAAUGAUGCAAGUUUCUUUUCUCCCUCUCUCUUUUUAGAAUGAGAAAUCUAAAAGGCUCAGCAGGAAGUCUUUUGAGGCACAUUUCUAAGAGAUUUGCAAGAGAGACUAAAAUUUUUUGUGCCCAUUCUUGUCUGCAAAAUAUCUCAAGCUCAGUUGGAUUGAAUGGACAGUGAAUUUCAAUUCUUGCACAGGAUUUGUAAUCAAAUUGAGGUCUGGACUUUAACUGCAUCAGUCCCACACUCAAACAUGCUUUGCUCUAAACCUUUCCUCUGUGUGGCAUCGUUCAUCUUUUUUACUCUCAAUUCUUUUCCGGCCUCUGACAGGUUUUCUUCUGGGUUUUCUGUUUAUUUAACAUCAUCCAUUGUCCUGUCAACUCUGACCAGCUUCUCUCUUAAAGCUCAAUGACGGGACAAUGUCAGUACAACAUAGUUACUACAAUGUUAGUAAUCCUACGUAUGGAGUGUAAAGUUGGUAAAGUUGGUAUUAGUGUACAAGGGCUGGAUGAAAAAAGAAUAAAUAAACAUAUAUACAUAUUUUAAAUCCUUUUUAUUUCACUUCACAGGUAUGCACUGCUUUAGAAGUUUAUCCCAAAAUACCACUACUCUCUUUUUUGGUUUAUUUUUGAAAGAUGAGAAACUGUGAAAAGUUGAAUGGAUAUGAAUGCAAAU